ACUUGGCAAUACAAUGAUGCUUGUCAAAGUAUUUACUUAUUCUGUGAUCCUUCUACUAGCAAAUGUAACUAUAUAGGUUGUACUAAUGCUGAUUAUACAAAAGGAUGGAUGACAAGUGUUCGCCCCUAUCCACCCAGAUGUGGAAAUAAUACUUACUGUCCUGAUAAUCGAUCAAAAUGUAUGCCUACUGUUCCUACAAAUGCACAAUGUGAAAUGCAACGUGAUGAUGAAUGUCAAGGGUCUAAUUCGAUUUGCUUAAAUGGUGUUUGUAAUGUUAAGGCAGUUCCUUUAGGUGGGAAGUGUGGAAAUGAUACGACUCAAUAUGUAUCUAACGACGCUGAAGGCAAUGCGGAACUUCAAACAAUCGUUCGAGAUAAUUGUACGGAUGGAACUUAUUGUGUGAAUCAAGCAUGUAUUACGUCCAAAGUGAAUGGUGCUACCUGCUCUCAAGAUCGUGAAUGUAUCUCCAACACAUGUAGUCCUGAUGGUGUAUGUGUGAAUGGACCAGAUGUUUUCCAUCAAAUUGCGAAUUGGUUAUGGGGAGUUAUUGGUGCAGCUAUCGUAGUAUUUAUCUUGAUUGUUCUUUUACUCUUAUGGGCAUUACAACGCUAUCAAUCUAAAAAGGAACAUCAAAAGAUCGGUAAAUUCUUUGGGGACAAUGAAGAUUUUGCAAAAUAUGCCAUGUUGGAACACGAUGAUGAUUCUUAUUAUGAUGAUACAACUGGACUUCAACCUCCUCCUUCUAUUGGAUUAGACAACAAACGAGCGAGUAUGGUAUAUUUGACCACGCCUGACUAUGCCAAAUCUUCCAGUCUCAGUUUGGCAGGUGCUGACUCACGCCCACCUCCAACUCAACCUUUGUAUAGUCACCCAAGGUCUCCACCACAAAGCACACAACCUCCACAACAACAACAACAAGAACAACACUCUCACCAUCAACAAGAGCAUCAACUACAGAAACAACAUGGUAAUGGCAGUGCCAAGGAAACAAACUCAUAUUAUAAUAACACGCGAUCUCCUUUACAAGGCACUAAUUCUAUACAUCCCAAUAAAACCAAUAAUACACCAUCUAUUCCAAUCUUACCUCCACCACCUGUACCACCACCGGCUAUACAAAAACAAACUUCGGUACCCCCUCCUUAUAUGUACUCAUCCAAAAUGCCACCUACCGCGUCAUCUAAUGUAGACAAUUAUCAUUAUUAUUCCAACAAAUUUGACCAACGAACCAAUACUGGUUCUUUCCGACCUUUACAACCUUCCAAAGAUACUUUGGAAACCAAUGAUAGUAAAAUGUUCCGUCGAUUACGUGAAUACAAUGAUUUAAUGACUUGGAUGGACAAUGAAUUCUGGGAACAAAAUGAUGAAGUAUAUACAGAAAAAUUACAAGCAUUACAAAAAGAAUUACAAAGUAUUCAAGAUGAAAUGGUAACGGACCUUGAAAUGAUUCGCGAUCAGACCAUCGAAAAUGCUUUAUGUUUUGAAUAUUAUCAACUGACCAUGACCAAACAAGAAUUUGAUUUGGAUGUGAUGAUGAUAGAGGAUGAAUUUCAGAAUGAAAUGCAUCAUUUAAAUGAUGUACUUAUGUUAGUGAUUGAUGAACAUCGAAAACAAAUUAAAGAAGAUCGUGAAGAUUCUGAU